AUGUCCAUUUCACGUUUAAUUUCACCACUCUCUCUCUCUCUCUCUCUCUCUCUCUAUCUAUCUAUCUAUCUAUCUAUCUAUCUUUCUCUCUCUCUCUCUCUCGCGCUUGCGCAUACGGCACCUAUCUAUCUAUCUAUCUAUCUAUCUAUCUAUCUAUCUAUCUCUCUAUCUAUCUAUGGUAUGACCUCUUUUAUACACACGUCCACGUACUUUUCUUUCGUAACCACACGCAUGCACUCAUACAAACCGGCAUCUAUCUAUCUAUCUAUCUAUCUAUCUAUCUAUCUAUGGUAUGACCUCUUUUAUACACACGUCCACGUACUUUUCUUUCGUAACCACACGCAUGCACUCAUACAAACCGGCAUCUAUCUAUCUCUAUCUAUCUAUCUAUCUAUCUAUCUAUGGUAUGACCGUCCACGUUUUAUACACAUGUCCACAAACCGUCUAUCUUUUCUAUCUUUUCUAUCUAUGUAA